AUGCCUCCAGUAACUGUUCGACGCGCCGUGACGAACGAGAAUGACGAGAACGCUGCCACCACUCGUCUGACACGCGCAAAGGCCGCUGCUCUGUCUCAGCCCGACGCGCUCGCCGCUGCUGACCCUCCUAAGAAGGCCGCUCUCGGUGUCAAGCGUGCCACUACCACCAACACUACUGCUGCUGCCACCCAGCCUGCCAGAAGACGCGCUGCCCUCGGCGAUGUCAGCAACGUGACCAAGAACGAGACCAUCGAUACAAAGGCUGCUCCUGCCAAGGGUGGUAAGCUCAGAGAUGCACAGAAGCCCACUGGCAUCACCAAGCCUUCAACCCGUACCGCUUCGACCCGUUCUGCCGCUUCCAUCAAGAGCGAUGGUGCUGAGCCCAAGGCCAAGAGGCCCAUGCCUCUUUCAGGAACUUCGGGUAACGUCCCCAAGGCCAAGAGACAUAUGGCAACCAAGAUCCCCAAGGUGGAUGAAGACUUCGUGAAGGAUGCUGUCAAGAUUGAGGCCAUCGAGGAAGAAGAGGAGAGCACAACUCCCAAGGAGGAGGAGGAGAUGGAUGAGCCUCUGCACAAGACCCUGGAGCAGCUGGCUGCCGAGGCCAAGGACCUGGACUCUGAGGACCUUGACGACCCUCUCAUGGUUGCCGAAUACGUUCACGAAAUCUUCGACUACAUGAAGGAGCUUGAGAUCACAACAUUGCCCAACGCCGAUUACAUGGACAGCCAAGGCGAACUCGAGUGGAAGAUGCGCGGUAUCUUGGUCGACUGGUUGCUCGAGGUGCACACCCGUUUCCGUCUUCUGCCCGAGACUCUGUUCCUUGCCGUCAACAUCAUCGACCGCUUCCUCUCAACCAAGGUUGUCCAGCUCGACCGUCUUCAACUGGUUGGUGUCACUGCCAUGUUCAUCGCUUCCAAGUACGAAGAGGUUCUGUCUCCUCACGUCCAGAACUUCCGUCACGUUGCCGACGACGGCUUCACCGAGCAGGAAAUCCUUAGCGCAGAGCGAUUCAUCCUUGCCGCUCUUGACUACGACCUGAGCUACCCCAACCCCAUGAACUUCCUUCGCAGAAUCUCCAAGGCCGACAACUACGAUAUCCAGACCCGCACUCUUGGCAAGUACCUUCUUGAGAUUGGCUGCCUCGACCACCGCUUCAUCAAGUACCCUCCCAGCCAUGUCGCCGCUGCUGCCAUGUACCUCGCCCGUCUCGUCCUCGACCGUGGUGAAUGGGAUGCCACCCUGGCCACCUAUGCUGGCUACACUGAACAAGAAAUCGAACCUGUCUUCAAGCUCAUGGUUGACUACCUCCACGGCCCCGUCCAGCACGAUGCCUUCUUCCGCAAGUACGCUAGCAAGAAGUUCCUGAAGGCCUCCAUCGUCCUUCGCCAGUGGGCCAAGAAGUUUGCCCCCAUGUACCUCCUCGACUGCGAUCGUGACGGCAGCGCAACCCCUCAGAUCUAG